AUGAAGCUCCUCUCUGCAACCCUGUUCCUCUCCUCUCUCUGCCUCGCCCUCCAAGCUCAGGCCAUGCCCAGCACCGGCUUCGUCCUGGAGGAAGCCACCAUCGCCGACAUCCGGGAUGCCUUUGCUGCCGAGACCUUGACCUCUGUCCAGCUCAUCCAGGCAUACAUCGACCGAGCCUCGCAGGAGCCCUAUGCCUCCCUCCACUCCAUCAUCGAAAUCAACCCCGAUGCCGCUGCUCUGGCGCAGCAGGCCGACGAUGAGCGCGCUGCUUGCAAGCAGAAAUGCUGCACUCUCCCGCACUUGCACGGCAUUCCCAUCAUCCUCAAGGACAACAUUGCCACCAACGACAAGCUCAACACCACCGCUGGCUCGUUCGCCCUUCUGGGCUCCAAGACCGACGAUGCCUUUGUCGUCCAGCAGCUGCGAAGGGCAGGUGCCAUCAUCUUUGGCAAGGCCAACCUCUCCCAGUGGGCCAACUUCCGAUCGAACCUGACCAACACUUCAGGCUGGACAUCGCGCGGUGGCCAAACGAUGAACCCUUAUGUCCUCAACGCCACCCCGUGCGGCUCCAGCUCUGGUUCCGCCGUUGCUGCCACGGCCAACCUGGUCACCGUUGCCCUGGGUACGGAGACCGAUGGAUCCAUCAUCUGCCCGUCGUCGCUGAACGGCAUUGUCGGCCUGAAGCCCACAGUCGGCUUCACAUCCCGAACCGGUGUUAUCCCCAUUUCGCACCACCAAGACUCUGUCGGGCCCAUGGGACGCACCGUUGCCGAUGUCGCUGCUGUCCUUGAUGUGAUCGUUGGCGUCGAUCCCAAGGACUCGUCGUCGGCUCCAGGCAAGGGCAAGAAGCCCAAGAGCUAUCUCAACUACCUCAAGGCCGACGGCCUCAAGAACGCCAAUCUCGGCGUCGUCAAUGCCUACUUUGACCCCGUCGGCGAUGCAUACGAGUACGCCACGGCCAACCAGAGUCUCAGCGCCCUCUCUGACCUCGGAGCUCAGUUGCAGAACGUGGACCCCUCGGCGAUGGACAUCUCGUUCGAGUUCCCCGUUCUCCUUGCCGACUUCAAGCAGGACAUCCAGGCGUACCUUCAAACUAUUGGCAACUCUCCGAUGAAGAGUCUUGCUGAUCUGAUUCAAUACAACAUCAACGACCCACGAGAGGAGAACAACAUCUGGGGACAGGAACUUUUCUUGCAAGCCGAGGCCACCAACGGAUUCUCCGAUCCAGCCUACAUUCAAGGCAACCAGAACCGCACCACCGCCAUCAACGUGUUCACCAAGAUCUUCAAGGACGGCCAACUUGAUGCGGUCGUCGCCCCUGGGUUCUCCAACGUCGUCAGCUUGGCUGCAGUUUGCGGAUUCCCUGUCAUCACCGUCCCUGUUGGUCGAUCGGACAUCUACCUCGACGCCUACUUCAACGCGCUGCAGCUGCCCACCAAGGAGUUCCCCGUCGGCCUUGCCUUUGUUGGCUUGCCCUAUACUGAAGAUAAGCUGAUCCAGUAUGCCUAUGCCCUGGAGCAAAAGCUCAAGGCCAGAGCUCCUCCCAAGUUUAUCCAAGACAUUGGCAAGCCCUACCCUCCUACUGCUUAA